CAACAGGCAGCGCCUCUGCCCUGGCUGCCCUGCCAGCCUCCAGUGUAACUUGACACUGCCGGCCCCUCCCCAGGCCCUGGUCACAGCCCCAAAUUCCAGGAACAGGAAACUUGCUGAUAAUCCGACGCCCCUGCACACUGUCCACUGCACAGCACCGCUCACACAGCCAUGAGCUGCACUGGAGCCCCCUUCCCCCCAGGUCCCCAUGCCCGCAGCCCCCCAGACUAUGCGAUGAUCAAGGAGGAGCACGAGGUGUCCAUCCUGGGGGCGCCCCCCACAGCCCCCGCGGCGUCCACCGUGGUCCACAUCCAGGCGGAGACUGUGGUGCCCGACCACGUCGUCUGGUCCCUGUUCAACACCCUCUUCCUGAAUGUCUGCUGCCUGGGCUUCAUAGCCUUCGCCUACUCCGUGAAGUCUAGGGACAGGAAGAUGGUGGGCGACCUGGCGGGGGCCCGGAGCUACGCGUCCACCGCCAAGUGCCUCAACAUCUGGGCCCUGGUGCUGGGCGUCCUCAUCAGCAUCGGCUACCUGGCCCUGCUGAUAUACGUCGGCAUGAUGGCCUACGAGAAGAUGCAGCAGAGUAUGGGAGGGGGCUACUGAGGCCGGCACCCGGCUCCCCACUGCUGGGUGGGGGCUGCACAGAGCUGUCUGCCUGCCCCAGGCCCCCGCCCCAGACACCCCCACACCCGGCUUCUCUGCUUGCUGACAAUAAAGAGCACGUGUGCGA